AUGAGAAUUGCAAAAUUGCCAUGGCUUUGUCAUGAAGAGCAGAAAAAAAAGUUCGAAAUAUAUUCGCUAACCGUUAAUUCUGAUGGUUCUCGUUUGGCAUCAGGCGGUUUGGAUGGUCAUGUUAAAAUAUGGUCCACUGACACAAUCAAUAAGUUUCGUGACAUUGACCAAAAUUCCGACGAUUUACCAGAUAAAUCUAUUUGCAGGCCAUCCUUUAGCGUGGCUAGGCAUACAGGGGCAGUAACGACCGUGAAGUUCUCUCCUUCUGGAAGGUUUUUGGCCAGUGGAUCUGAUGAUCGAGUGGUUCUAAUUUGGGAAAAAGAUGAAGACCGCCCAAUCUCAACUUUUGGAGGAGCUGAUGAACUUGAACAUUGGACGGUGCGUAAAAGAUUAGUGGCUCAUGAUAAUGAUGUACAAGACAUUGCAUGGGCUCCUGACUCGAGUAUCUUGGUCACAGUAGGGCUUGACCGUUCAAUUAUCGUGUGGAAUGGCUCGACUUUUGAACGGAUUAAAAGAUUCGAUAUUCACAACUCUCAUGUCAAGGGUGUGGUGUUUGAUCCUGCCAAUAAAUAUUUUGCCACCGCAUCAGAUGAUAGAUCUGUGAUAGUGUUCAGAUAUCAUAAAGGAACAGCGUCCAACGAAAUGACAUUUACCAUUGAAGCGCAAAUUACAAAACCUUUCAAAGGGUCUCCGUUGACAAGUUACUUUAGAAGACUUUCAUGGUCUCCUGAUGGUCAGCAUAUUGCAGUUCCUAAUGCUACCAAUGGCCCAGUGACUUCUGUGGCAAUAGUAAAUCGUGGGGAUUGGAAUAGCGAAGUUAGUUUGAUUGGUCAUAGCGCUCCCUGUGAAGUUACGAGUUUUUCCCCAAGAUUAUAUAAAUUACCAAAUAAUUCGACUAGUAAUGAAAACAAGCUGAAUUUGAAAAAGAACGAAAAGUUAUGUUCUGUGGUAGCUACUGCUGGCCAAGAUAAAGUUCUCGCUAUUUGGGAGACCUCUGCUAAUACACCGAUCUUAGUGGCAAAUGAUAUCUGCACCAAAACAAUAAGUGACUUGGUGUGGACCCCUGAUGGCAGAACAUUGUUUAUAAGUUCAUUAGAUGGAACAAUCACUUCCCUAUUUUUUGAUGCUGAUGAAUUGGGUAUUGAAAUUCCAACAGAGGAAAAUGAUUCAUACCUUUAUCGAUAUGGUGGUGACAGAGAAACGAUAAUCUUUCCGGAAAGUGUUGAUCAAUUAAAGUUGGAGGAACGAGCUGGAGUAACCAAGAAGUCACAAUUAGAGAAUAAAAUGGAAUCAUUGAUGCAAAAUCGUGAAGAGAAUGAACCGCAGAAGAUAGCCCCGAUCGUUGCUAGUAAAUCGAUCCAACCUGAGCCUUCUAAAAUAACGAAACCAGUAACCAUUCUCAAACCGAAGAAGAAGUUUAAGCAAGUAGUACAAAUAACGAAAAGUGGUAAGAAAAGGAUUGCCCCAACUUUAAUGACAACCAGUGCACCAAUGUCAACAACAAAAACUCUUGUUUCCCAAAGCACGAGUUCCAAGCUCUCAAAACAAAUUAACGAUGCUAAGAAAAACUUACUUUCGACGGGAUUUUAUAAAAUUCCUAGAAAUGGCGUUGCAACGUUGGUUAGUGGUGUAAGGGACAGAAAUAUAGAAAUCCAUGAUACUGAAAGGAGUACUGAUGGUAACAAUGGGGUUACAGGUGGUAAUGACACAAAUACUGCUAGUAACAUUAGUGGCUCAGGGAUCAUUAAUGCUGACAAGAUCAAAAUUUCUCGUUCUGGUAAGAGUGCUGAAGCAAAGAAGUCAAAAAAAAUGACGGGAAAAGAGAGAAGAGAAAUUGAUUAUCCUUCUUUCUUGAACAACAUGAUCAAUGGUUCUAUUCAGGAAAUGGCGUCUAUAAAUCAUGAAUCGAAUAAUCCCCGAAACCACAGCACUCUUGUGGUUUUAUCGGGGAUUUAUAAUUAUACGGGGGAUUCUGAAUCAAAAUUUACCCUUCAUAUUCAAAACAAUUACGAGUUUGAUGAUACAGAUGAUGUGAGCAACGACUUUGAGAAUUUGCCUACCAGAAUUGUUUGUACUAGUGAUAGAAAGCACAAAAUGUUUGAAAAUUUUUUGCCUUUCCCAGUUGUUAAUUCUCUUGGGAUUGAAGAAUGCCGUAUGUGGGUGCUAACUACAGAAAAUGGAUCGAUUUUCUUCCUUUCGUUUUAUGGGAGAAUGGCGUACCCGAGAAUUGACCUUGGAUCUAACGUUUGUGUGCUUCGGAAUUACAAGAAUUAUUUGUUAUGCAUUACUGCCAAUGGUUUGAUGUACAUGUGGAAUCUUGAAACGUUCACCAAAAUCUGCGACAAAGUAUCUUUAGCCCCUAUUAUCAACAAGACAAGAACUUGUAUUGAUAAAAAACCAACUGAUGACCAGGGCGAUGAAUUUAAUUUCAACAGAAGUGUGGUUACUUGCGAAUUGAACGCAAAGGGGACUCCAAUAAUAUUGACAACUGACGGGAAAAAGAUUGGUUGGUCUAAAAAGAUGUGGUGCUGGAUGGACUUGGAGGAAUUUGGCAUAGAUGAAUUGGGUGAAGCAUCUAUAUGA